UCAAUCAAGGUCCGAUCAUCCUCUGAUGUUAGCUGAAUAGUGUCAUCAAUCGGCACAUUAGUGUCCUUAUCACACACAGUGGCGCACGCUCAGUCCGCCCUUUGCCAAUAUGUCAAGAGGAGCGAUGCGCGUCUGGCUCGUCCUCGCGCUCCAUUUGCGCUGCGUCACACACGGUAGGGACCCGGUGGGGACCCGGACGGACUUGGACCGUGACAACAAGUUGACGGAAAAGCUCGGCGCUUUGUUCCAUUUGAAGGAUCUACUCCGCGGCGCCCCACACAGGAAGGCGCCUCAGUUCAUGUUGGAUCUCUUUAACGCCGUCUCCGCGUCGGACGGGACGAGAAAAAGUCAGAAAGAAAUACUGGAGGGGAAUGUCGUGAGGAGCUUCGAAGAUAAAGAUCAUGAUGGCGAGAGGUUUCACUUUUUCAACCUGUCUUCUUUUGGACGAGAAGAGAGGAUGGUUAAGGCUGAAUUCCGUUGGUUUCGAAAGAAACAGAAACAUUUCCUGGAAAAGUCAUACAGGCCCUAUUUUUAUAAGCUGGAUUUGUAUGAAGUGCUGGAUAGUCAAGUGAAACCUUGGCGAGGAAACCUCAUCACCUCCAGACUCGUUCCUCUUUACACUCAGGGAUGGGAAGUCUUCAAUGUCACCCAAACAGUGUCCAAGUGGAUCUGCAACAGCCAAGAUAACAAUGGCAUCCUGGUGGUGACCACGCUGCCAUCUGGGACUUGGAUGGACUCUGUGGUUACGUCAUCCAAGCUGCGUGGAGAGCCAGUAGGCACUCACGCUUACUUGGUUAUCUUCUCCGAUGAUGGCAGGCCAGGAGCAACCGAUCAAUCAUACUUUGGUAAGAUAAUAGUGAAAAAGCUCAAACAGUACUGUCAUCGUUCUCUCCAUCCAGGACUCGCUCAGUCUUCAGCUGUGGAACUCCAUGACCACCCCACUAGGAGACGACGUGGAGCCUCAGGGCUCUUACCCCGCGGCAAUUCCCGAUCCUGCCAGAGGGUCUCCCUCUUUGUAGACUUUGAGGAGAUAGGCUGGUCGGGCUGGAUCAUCUCGCCACGGGGUUACAACGCUUACCACUGUAAGGGCUCGUGUCCCUUCCCGCUCGGAGGAAGUCUCCGAGCCACCAAUCACGCCACCGUGCGCUCCAUUAUGCACGCACUCAAGUUGUCCGCGGAUGAAGUCGAGGCACCCUGUUGUGUGCCCGACAAACUUCAGUCCAUGAGUUUGUUAUAUUUUGACGACGAAGAGAAUGUGGUUUUGAAACAGUAUGAUGACAUGGUGGCUAUGAGCUGCGGCUGCCACUGAUGCUCCACAACAAGUGAGAUGUUUAAAAAUUAUUUUACCAAUGGUGAAUGAGUGAUACAUUAAUUGGCACUGAGAACAGUCAUGGGAUGUAAAUACUGUACAUCACCGUAUAUUGUAAAUUCCAUGCAAAUACGCCCCCUAGCGGCUGAUGACAUCAAAACAUGGUCUCACCCUUGAACGUUACA